CAGAUGAAGCUCAUUGGUUGACCAUGGCUGCCAGUCAGUCGUCUUGUCACAGGUAACUGCCGAGAGGAAGCGUAGACAGGAAGCUGGAACACGCUGAUUGUGGAGUCAUAACAUCUGGCAGCUACUCAGUCAAUUUGAAGGAUCUUCUCUUUUUUCACAUAAUGAGUGUUGGAUUCAUAGGAGCAGGCCAGUUGGCGCAGGCCCUGGUGAGAGGCUUCUCAGUUGCAGGCGUGAUUGCCACCCACAGAAUCACAGCGAGCUCUCCAGACACAGAACUCCCCACAGUGCAGCAGCUGCGGAAGAUGGGUGUGAACUUCACCACCAGCAACAAGGAGACAGUGAACAGAAGUGAUGUCCUUUUCCUGGCCGUAAAGCCCCACAUCAUCCCUUUUGUUCUUGAUGAGAUUGGGCCAGAUAUCGAAGACCGUCACCUCAUUGUGUCCUGUGCUGCAGGUGUUACUAUCAGCUCCAUAGAGAAGAAGCUGCAGCAGUACCGAACUUCUCCAAAGGUGAUGCGCUGCAUGACCAACACUCCAGUAGUGGCACGGGAAGGGGCCACUGUCUAUGCCACAGGUACACAUGCAGAGGUGGAGGACGGGAAACUUCUGGAACAGCUGAUGGCGAGCGUUGGCUACUGCACUGAGGUGGAGGAGGACCUUAUUGAUGCCGUCACAGGCCUGAGCGGCAGUGGACCUGCUUAUGCAUUCCUAGCUGUGGACGCUCUUGCUGAUGGUGGUGUGAAGAUGGGCCUGCCCAGGAGGCUGGCUGUACGCCUCGGAGCACAAGCACUGCUGGGUGCCGCUCGAAUGUUGUUGGACUCGGAGCAACACCCUGGGCAGCUGAAAGACAACGUUUGCUCACCAGGGGGCGCCACCAUCCACGCCCUACAUGUCAUGGAGAGUGGUGGUUUCCGAAGCCUCCUCAUAAAUGCUGUAGAGGCCUCCUGUGUAAGAACGAGGGAACUUCAAUGUUUGGCUGACCAAGAGAAGAUCUCCCCAGCUGCCAUCAAGAAAACCACUCUGGAUAAAGUUCUUCAGCAGCCAGGAGUCACUGCAGACACCGUCGGUGUCAGAACCCGUGGGCUCAGCAUUUUUAACAGCAAUAACCCCAAGAUCAAGAAGAACUGAGUCAUUUUGCUGCACUGUAUACACUGUCUAGAAACCACUGUUUGAAAACAUAAACCCAGAAAACUGUACAGUUCUCACUUCAGGGGGAUUAAAUCAGAUUUAUUUAGGUUAAUGCCAAACUAAAAUAAAAUUGUGGAGAUUUUUUUUCCCUGAAUUGAUAAAAUAAAGUUUACUCAAUUUAACAUUUUGUGGAGAAAUCUGACGUGUCUCUUAGGCUUUGAUAUUUUUAUACAUUUUACUGUGUUUAAAAUGACAUUUUUUGCUUUACUAAGAUAAAAGUGCUGUUUUUAUAAAAUGAGGAAGGUUUAUUUUACCUAUAUUAAUGUAUUAAUUUUAUCAGAUACCUAAAGAUUACUGUAAUUGUAAAAAUUCAAAGUUGUGCACAGUCUCUCUUUAUCACUUGAUAAAAUAUUUAAAACAUGCUCGCAAAUAAUAAAAAACAUUUCUAUGGUCA